GGAAGGGGGUGGGACCGAAAAGGGGCGGGGCUGAGCGGAACCGGAAGUGACGUCGGCGCGGGGGAGGGGAGCCGGGAGAUGCGCCCGGCGCUGUCGCGGGCGGGUGGGGGAGGGGCGCUGCCCCUCCCCCCCCCUCAGGUGCUGCUGCUGCUGCUGCUGCUGCUGCUGGGGCCGCCCCUCCCCCUCCCCCCGCUGCGGGGAUUUGGGGCGGGGGUCGCGGGGGUGGGGGCGGGGGGGCCGUUCCGGCCCGUGGUGAUCGUGCACGGCCUGUUCGACAGCCCCAGCGACUUCCGGCACCUGCGGCAGUUCAUCAACGAGAGCCACCCAGGGACGGAGGUGACCGUUCUGGACCUGUUUGACCGGGGGGCGUCGCUGCGGCCGCUGUGGCUGCAGGUGGCCGGGUUCCGGCAGGCGCUGGCCUCCGAUCAUGGCCAACGCCGCCCACGGGGUGCACCUGCUGGGCUACAGCCAGGCCAGGGUGGUGUGGGGGUCCCGAGACCCCCCGAGGGUGGGGAGGGGUCCUGA